AUGAUAUCCCUCGAAGCAUUCAAGCGUGAUUAUUCUGGAUACCUUUUGAACGACAACUGCAAUUUUGAAGUCGAGUUCUUAAAAUUCCAUGCUCGCAAUGUAGAUUGCAACCGCAUGUAUGAAUGCUUGUCCGUGCAGAAAAAACCUACGUCUGGCUCAUAUACAUUGAAGAUUGACAGACUUUCAAACCGACAUGAGCCAGGAAUUUGCUCUGACAUUUUUGACAUAGGUGGUUACACAUGGAAACUGGAUGUUUACCAUGAUGGAGCAAAGACGAAGAAAUGUCUUGAUGUAUAUUUGAAAUUGGCCAAGACUUCCAAGUUGUCAGUCAAAUUAGAGGUAUACGCCAACGUCAGCUUGUGCCUUCAAGACAAAGUCGAACUUAGUCAAGUGAAGUUUACAGCUGACAAGAAAAGGUUCGGUUAUGAGGAUCCUUGGCGUUGGGAGUUCCCUCUUGUUAAGUUCGAAGACCCAUCAAAGGGGUUCCUUCUGAAAAAUGCUUGCGUCAUUGAAGUAUCAAUCGUCGUUCUUGGAUCAAGCACCCUGCAUUGAGAAAUUAUUACAUCUAAUUAAUAUUCUAUUUACUAUUGAUUAUAUUAUC